AUGGCCAAAGAAGAACCUGCGAAGCCUCUAAAAGCUGGUGUCGAUUUCAGGUUCGACUCGGGACUGGAUUGCUUCAUCUCGAGCGAUCUUUUUCAACAACUUGGGGGGCCCAAAUUAUACGGGGCUGACGGGGGGGAUGUCAAAGCAGAAACUUUGUUGAUCAGCGUUUCAUUGUGUCACUACGAGCCUUUUCAGAGAUCAAAGAUUGUAAACUGCAAGCUGGAUGCAAGCUUAAAAUCUGAAUCCAUCGUGUUGGCGGCACACAUUUUUGGAAUACAAAGGGAUCAACCUACUGUCGACACUUGCGACAUAUGGUCGUUUCAGAAACAGGCUCCCGUGUUGAAGCACGUUGCGAUUGCCACGCAUCCAAUACUUUACGCUCGAUUGAUGGAACUGGAGAAUUCCAGUGACAGGAUGCAAUUUGUCAGGCUGAAAGCGGAGCUGGAUAUAGAUUCCAUUGUUCAUGUUGGGGAUGUACUAUUGAACCAGUGGUGUCACGUACUAGAUUGCGAACCUUACUUUCAGGGCUUGAUCUAUUCAGAGCUGACAGAAGUCAUAUUUGUCAAAGAUGACAGCUACUUGAGCUCAAAUACCCAAUCACUUACUCUAGAAAUUACGGGCCUUCAAUUAGCCCAAAGCAGAGCACUAAAUGUUCAGAUCCAUUCUCUUCUUUUCCCCAUCCAUGAUGAUCUCCUAUUUCCUCCUUCUUCGAAGAGCGACGACGACUCUCUCUAUGUUUUUGCCACUGCCUCCACUUUCCUUGGUCUCGGGUUAAGUAGCGGAAUGUACGUCACUCUGUUUACCGAUAGCACAUCGAAGGUUGCAAAGACGAUGUUAUUACUUACUCCGAACAAAUUUGAAUCUAAUGCAUUCUAUGUAUCGCCGCGGCUAAUUGCCCUCUUCAGAAAUAGUGAUACCGUCGGCGUGAAAAGAUCAACCUAUAACCCAAAGAGUGUUCCAGCUGCAUCAUCCGUCAUCCUAGCUAGAAUUGGAUCUUGGAAUAAUUGUCAAAAGCCAUUCGAAAACAUAAUAUCAGAGAAUUUGAUUGCCUUUUUAACACAAAAACAUCGUGUUUUGAAAGUCGGAGAUAGAUUGCCCAUAACUUUUGAUUCGAAUCUUUCAUCCUUCUACUCUGAAGAUUUUAGGGAAGCAGACUUACAGGGUGAAAAUGACUCCAUCGUGUGGUUCAUAGUAGAAACUGUAGAAAUUGAGGACAAAACGGAAUACACCGGUGAAUUUAGGAUCGAUAGAAAGAAGACAACGCUUUUAACGCAGAAUUUAGUUGCUGAAGCACCGCUCUCGCUCCAAAAGUGCGAUUAUGAAUCCUUUUUUGGGCUACCUUCCAGUUUCCGUUAUGAUCCUACGGUGUUUGACUAUGCCAAGCGUAUGAUAAACAUUGUUAAAGCCGGCCUAAAAUGUUGGGAACAGAAAAUUUCAAUUAGAACGUCAAUUAUACUCCAGUCGUCGACCCCAGGUGUGGGGAAAAACACAUUGGUGAGAUUCGCAGCCUAUGAUUUAGGCACCCAUCUUAUUGAGAUCGACUGUUUAUCUAUCAAUUCCGCUCAAGGCUCUUUAGAAUCUAUGAACAACACUAUCGGAUACUUGAAGGCGAAGUUGGAGCCCCUGCUGCCUUUUGUUGCUCCGUCAAUUGUGUUCUUGUCUCAUUUAGACUGUUUGAUUGAAAAAGAAGCGGAGCAACAAGAUUCUGGAACCUCAAGGCUAAACAGGUCGUUAGCGUUGGAAAUUGCAUCCUUGAUUGAUUAUUGUACGUCACAGGGGGCGAUAUUUGCAUGCUCAGUUCGUGACAGUGACGUUUUACCUGAUGUCGUGAGGUCCAAGAUGCAAUUCUCCAUCGAAGUUCCGGUGCCGAAUGAACAACAGCGGCAAUCGAUUUUUGCGUGGCAUUUGAGUCUUCGUGAACUCAAUAGUUCAUCUGAAGGUUCUUUUCGCUUCAUCUUUGACGCAAGCGCAUCACUUGUGAAGCUAGCCCAGAGGUCAGCAGGGUUAUCCCCGGAUGACAUCAAAUCCAUAGUUCAAACCGCCAAGACCACAGCUCUAAGCUCUGCCCUAUCCAAUGAUGAGUUUUGUGAUUCUUACAUUCAAGAAGGUAACUUUAUAACGAUAGCUGAGACGGAAUUGAUAUCCGCCAUCGAAAAAGCAAGAGACGAAUUUUCGGACUCAAUUGGAGCCCCAAAAAUACCUAACGUAUCCUGGUCAGAUAUUGGGGGCAUGGAUCUGGUGAAGGGCGAAAUUAUGGACACUAUCGACUUGCCACUAAAACAUCCCGAAUUGUUUUCAUCGGGACUGAAGAAAAGAAGUGGAAUUUUAUUUUACGGGCCGCCGGGGACAGGUAAAACCUUACUGGCCAAAGCCAUUGCAACAAAUUUUUCCCUCAACUUCUUCAGUGUGAAGGGACCAGAAUUGUUGAACAUGUACAUCGGGGAGUCUGAGGCAAAUGUACGCCGAGUCUUUCAAAGAGCAAGAGACGCCAAACCAUGUGUUAUAUUCUUCGACGAGCUAGAUUCUGUUGCUCCAAAGCGAGGCAAUCAGGGGGACUCUGGCGGUGUAAUGGAUAGAAUCGUCUCACAACUUCUUGCCGAGCUAGAUGGCAUGAGCUCUGAUGGUGAUGGUGUCUUCGUAAUUGGAGCUACCAACAGACCGGACCUGCUAGAUGAAGCCUUGUUGAGACCUGGGAGGUUUGAUAAACUAUUAUAUCUAGGCAUACCGGAUACAAACGAAAAACAAGAAAACGUUAUACGCGCGUUAAGCAGGAAAUUUGUUCUCGACGAUAGUGUGGAUCUAGCAAAGUUGGCAGUUCUGUGUCCUUUCAAUUAUACGGGCGCAGAUUUCUACGCACUCUGCUCGGAUGCGAUGUUAAAUUCCAUGACGAGAACCUCCAGAGAUGUAGAUAAAAAAGUGCAAUUGUAUUGCGAGAAAGAGAACAGAGAGGUUUCCGUACGCUACUGGUUUGACAAAGUAGCCAAAGAAGAUGACGCCAAUGUGAUAGUCAAGAUGGAGGAUUAUGUGAAGGCCCAGGAAAAUCUUAUUCCAAGUGUUUCUCGUGAAGAGCUCGCUCAUUAUUUGAGGGUCAAGUCAAACUUUGAAAGUACCUGA